AUGAAUGAUAAUGUUGCAUACGAUAGUUCAGCGAUACCGUAUUUUGAUGAUGAUCGUGAUCUGAGUCGAUAUUCUGACCAUUUGACCGUUUGGCUGGAUAAGUAUAUCGGUCGCCCGGAGGAAAGUGUCGGGUUAAAAGCUCAGUUUAAAACGAUCACACAGCCAUUGGAAACUUUAAAUAAAACUGAAGAAGAUGUCGAUGAAACACCAAAUGUGAUGAUUAACCCAGACAUGUUAGAAAAAUUGAAAGAUCGAAUCUACUGUGUGAAAGCUUUCUUUGAUCCUGCCGAAUGUUUAAAAUAUAUUCGUUCAAAUUCUGAUAAGAAAAUAUUUUUCAUUUCAUCGGGUUCAAUGGGCGAAAAAAUUGUACCGGAUAUAGCUGCAUUACCUCAAAUUCAUGGGGUUUACAUAUUCUGUGGCAAUAUUUCUCAUCACGUAAAAACUUGGGCAAUGGAGUAUGUAGAUAAUAUAUCGGCAAUGUUAGAACAUCAAGAUGAUUUACUGGUACGCUUAACAAAAGAUAUUGCUGAAUAUUUACAAAAUAAGGGUGAUCAUCAUUUCACACAAGGAGAAAAUGUUAAAGCGCGAAACUGUUAUGCAUGGGCUACCAAAUUAAUAUUACGUACACAACAACUGGGAGACACAAAUUAUAAAAAACCAUUAACAAUUCUUAAUGCUAAAAGAGAGAAGGCAGAAUCGAGCUGUGAAUCGUCCCAAUAG